UAUCGUACAUUCACACUGAAGACUUCGUAAAGAAAACAAAAUUAAAUUGUGCUGUGAUUUACUAUGUUUUCGAAGUUAAUUAAUAUUUUAUUACUGGUAUACAUCGCGCUCAGCGGAACCAACGCUGUCCAAAUCAAUUACCUUAAAGUUCCCAUUGCCGUUAAGAACGACUCGAAAUCUCCGGUGAUUAUGGAUUGCAACUAUUCCCUCCGCCCUGAUGAUACGGACCUGGUGGUGAAAUGGUACCUCAACGAUGACCUCGUCUACCAGUGGAUCCCUCCUCAGAAACCACAGAGCUUCGGGCUCUUGAAAGAUAGAAUCGAUCUGUCGUACGCAGCUACGGACGAUCCUAGAAGCGUGUACAGGGCGAUGAAAAUAAUUAACCCACUUACUGAUGUCGCGGGGGAGUAUAAAUGCUUCGUGUCAACCUUUACAGAUGAGGAUUUUUCGAUGAAGAACAUGAAGGUUUUUGUGGCUGAACAGGCUCUUGAUGUUUUCAGAAGUGGAUUUGAUGAGACUUCCGUUAACUUUAGUUGUUCGGUGUCCGAAGUUUUUCCCAGUCCCAAGUUGUUGAUGUAUAAACAUUAUGAAGACGAGCAUUACAGGGAUAGAAUACCAACGGUUCAAUGGGAUAUCAGCAAACACACUUCCGGGAGGUAUUCCUUAUAUAUUAUUGCUACUGCUCCGAGAGAAACACUGAAACUGGGUUCUAUGAUUCGUUGUGAAUUACGGAUUCCUGGAACUGGUUACGUCAAAAUCAAAAGUCUUCUCUAUUACCCGGAAG